AUGUUGGCGGCAAUGACAGGGUCGCCGCCAGCGUCUGUGCCGACGUGGAUCGUGGAGGUGACGCGGCACCGCGACUUGAGUCAGGAGGCGCUGGAGCUGGCGUUGGAGCACAAGGCGGGGCGCGCCGUGACGUUCCUCCUCGUGCACGUCAUGUCUGAAGUGCCCACCUCGCGCAACAUGACGCUACCGGCGAGCGAGGUGGAUCCGAAGACGGCGCUGCAGCACGCAAAGAAGCUCGUCGAUAUUCUCAUGAAGCCGCUGCUCUCCAUCGCCGCCGCCAGCCGGGUGGCGUGCGGCACGGCGGUGGAGCUCAACGACCGCCGCGAGAUGGGGCUCUGCCUCGCUGCGCGCCGAGCCAACGCGGAGCGCGUCUACGUGGGCGUCAAGAGGAAGCUGUUGGGGUGGUCGUCGUCGGGCGUGGUGGCGGCGUGUCAGACGUCGCUGCCGCGCACAUGCACGCUCGUCGUGUCGCAGGGCGGCCGCGGCCACAAGCACCAGCAGCUCAUCGGCGCGCAGCGCACCGACCUCUCCGCGCUGCCCUCCGUCUUCCUGCAGUUCCACUCCGCGCCCUCCUCCAACGACGCUCUCACCGCCCGCCUCGCGCCCCCCGCUCUCCCUUCCGCCACCCCCUCCUCGCUUAAACCCCCUGCAUGCGCGUCCCCCCUGCACGUGCGCCGCCCUUCUGAUCCCCCCCCGCUGGAGGCGUCCGCGUCCCCUCUGGGCAGCAGCGGCGCGCCGUCGUCCGAGUUCUCCCUCUCCUCCUCCUCCUCCGGCCCGCACUCCCGCUCGCUCCCCAUCGCCGCGCCCGCGCCCGCCCCGCCUGCAGCAGCAGCUGGCGGAGAGGUGGCGGAGAGGGAUCCAUGGGGGCAAGUGAUGGACCGGGGAAAAGGGGCGGAGCAGAGGCGCGCGGGAGCGGGAGGGGAAAGGGGGAAGCAAUCGCGCUUGUCGUUUUCGACGCUGGAGGAGCUGCAGCAGAUGGCGGUGCGCGACUCCGAGGCCAGCGGCGCGCAGCCCAUGUCCUCCGCGGCACGCCAUCAGGGGGAGGGGGAGGGGAAGGAGGCGGCGUGGGUGGGCAAGGGCGUGAGCAGCAACCGCGAGGUGGAUGGCAGUGGUGCGGGCGACAGCAGUGCAGCGCCAGGCGACAGCAGAGAGCCGCCGCCAGCGCUGUCACCGGCGCCGUGCAGCCCGCUGGCGGGCAGCAGCAGCUUCAGGGGCAGCGCGCUCAGCCCGGGGGGCAGCAGUGCGGGCGGCAGCAGGCAGGGCAGCCGCCAGGGGAGCAUGCAGGGCAGCAUAGAGGGCGUGGCGGGUGGUGGCGUGGGGGUCAUGAGUGGCGGUGGGAGCGUGGGGGCAGGCGACAGCAGCAGCACGGGGGGGCUGCUCUCCAGGCCCGCGCCCACCUCGUCGUCCUCCUCCUCCUCACGCGCGUCGCGCUUCCACCACCUGUCGGCGCCGUCCAACACGUCCCUCGCCGCCUACUCGCAGGGCCCCAUGGCCUCGCAGCUCGCCGCCUCCUCCUUCGGCCGCUCUGCCUUCUCGUCGGGCCAGCUCACGCCUGGCAGCACGGCGGCGGUGGGCGACGGCUUUGACUGCCGCCAGUUCACGGCGGCGCAGCUGGCGCGCGCCACCAACAACUACGCCCAGGAGAACCUGUUGGGCAAGGGGUCGUUCGGGGCAGUGUUCCGCGGGGAGAUGCUGGGCUGCCAGGUGGCCGUGAAGCGCCUGGAGGGGCAGGGGUGGCAGGGGCCCGACGAGUUCCGCGUGGAGGUGGAGGUGCUGAGCCGCAUGCGCCACCCGCACAUCGUGCUGCUCAUGGGCUGCUGCGUCGAAGACAUGGCGCUCGUCUACGAGUUCCUCCCGGGCGGCACGCUACAGGACAAGCUAGGCCCGCCCAAGACGGCAGACGCGGUGCGGCUGAGCUGGUCGGACCGGCUGCGCAUCUGUGGGGAGAUGGCGACUGCCCUGAUGUACCUCCACCGCAACGACCCGCCCAUCGUGCACCGCGACUUAAAGCCCGACAAUAUCCUGCUGGACGGCAACCUGGCGAGCAAGAUCGGCGACGUGGGGCUGGCGCGGCUGCUGGAGGCGGACGGGUCGACCACCAUGAAGGUGCGCGGCACACUGGGGUACAUCGACCCCGAGGAGGUGGAGACGUGUGAGAUCAGCGUGCUGAGCGACGUGUACGCGCUGGGGCUCAUCAUGCUGCAGCUGCUCACGGGACAGCGCGCCGUGAAGGCGGUGCACCGCAUGCUGGCGGAGUGCGCCAAGCACGCCAAGACGCCCCACGGCAGCCAGCCGGGCCCGGGGGGGGCAACGGUGGGGGCGGUGGGCGUGGUGAGCAAGUACCUGGAGAGCACAGGCGGCGAGUGGCGCAUGGACCUGGCUGAGGAGGCCGCGGGGCUGGCCCUGCGCUGUGCGGACCGGAGGCGCGAGAAGCGGCCGAGCCUCAAGAAGGAGGUGCAGCCGGCACUGGUGAGGAUCGCUGCAGCGGCGGAGGAGGAGGUGAAGGCGAGGAAGAAGCACAGCGACUCGCAGUUCAUCUGCCCCCUCUCCAAGGAGGUGAUGAGGGACCCAGUGGUGGCGGGGGACGGGUUCACGUACGAGCGCGAGCAUAUCACUCGCUGGAUGGCCUCCUGCACGCUCUCCCCCUCCACCGGCCAGCCCCUCCCCCACACCUGCCUCACCCCCAACAACACUUAUCCACAGGGCAAGCCUUUUGUCACACGCUGUCCCGUUUCAUUUAUGGCGUCGCGCGAUUUAUACAAGACUAAACUCUGCGUGCUCCAUGAAAGGGGAAAGUGCGACAGACCUAACUGCACAUUCGCGCAUGGAGAAGAGGAACUUCGUAAAGCUCCCCCUGGAGCAACUGGCGUUUCAGGAAAGUACUCGGGGUACAGAGGAGGGGAUCUUCGCGAUCGCAUGCGUUACCGUUCUCCGCCUGAAGAUGGCAGACGCCGUGGACGGAGGCCUUCUCCUCCUAGGAAGCGAGGCCGCAGCAUUUCUCCGUCGCCUUCAAGAGACGACUAUUCUGAUCGUUCAUAUGACUCACGCUCAAGGUCGCCUUCUGAGACCAGUGACAGGCAUCAUGGUGAGAGGAAACGAGAACGCGGAGUAGACUAUCGAGCUGCUGGACCUGGUUCUGGUGGCAGGGCUGUAUCUGCUGAAAGAAUGGAACUUGAGCGUGAGAGGAAGAUGCUUCUCAAGGACGUGACCAUACAGAGGGAGCACUGCGACACCCUCCAGACCCUCCUUGGACGCAAGACGGAACUGGCAAAGGAUUUGUUGGAGCAUGCGAAGCUGCUGGAGAGGGAUGUCCAAGAGAAGGAAGGCCUUAUUGCCAAGAUUUCUGUCAACUUGAAGACGCUUGUCGAAGCACAGCAGUGUGUCAUGGCAGCAGAGGACGAUGUGAAAAGGUCCAAGAUUCAGCUCAACAUGUUCUUGGAAGAGUUGACUCCAAAUGACUUGACACCUGCUGUUUCGGCUUUAGCGAAUCUUUCGGAGCUUCCCAUGGCUCUGGAUGCUGCAGCUGUUGCACCUGCAACUGGCACUGCCUUUCCGCCUGUCAAUCAUGAUGCAUCUGGUGACAUGAGCUUCGUGCCAACUCCACAUGUAGGAAAUCCUGAUCAGGAAGUACCCGGUCCAAUUUUGGAGGUGGCUGGUAACCAUUCAAUGCCUUACGCAAGGCCUUCUGCUGUUGAAAAUCAAUCCUCUGGCAGAGCAAGCUCUUCAAGACGGCUUUCUCAAGAUGAGUAUGCAAGGUCACGUCCUGAAGACUCCAUUCAUGAGUCGGAGCCUCCAAUGAGGAGAAGACAGUCUCGUGACAGUCGACAUGCUGAGAACAGAUCUGACUUUCGUGGUUUGGAACAGAGAAGUGGGCGUGGCAGAGCUUCAGGCAUGAGAGACAGGGACUACAAAGAUGAGGAGAUGAAUGGUCCAGGUGACCGGGGUGUUUAUCAGGAGGAUGAAGAUGUCAAGCCACCCAGACCCAGGGCUGCUCCUGAUGAUGAUGAGGCGGGCGAGCAGCCUGUUGCUGACGCAGCAGAGGCUAAAGCAUCUGGCAAGGGUAUUGUCAUGAAGUUUCGUGAAAGUGACAAGCGGGGGAAACGUCAAACCGGGCAGGAAAAAGACGGAGAGAAACAGGCUAAGAUGGCUGAGGACUCUGGAAAGGGCAAGCAGAGCAGGAAUGCAGAUAGCGACAAGCUUUUGAAGACGACUGAACGCCAGAAGGUCCAGGAUGCCCCCUCCCAGCUGAAGUGGCUUAGGGAGGAAAAGGAGUUGCUUGCCCGCAAACCAGAGCUCACUGUUCCUGCUCAGUCAAGCAUUGUUAAGAUACCAAUACUGGACAAGGCGAAGCAGGGGAAGGUUAAAGCAGAGGAGAAAGUGGAACAGCAGGAUCAGCAGCUGCAGAUUGAGCAGUCAGAGGAGGAGGAUGCGUCUUUAGCUUCAAAGAAGGACCCUACUGCAGCACAGGGUGCUGCAAAACAGGAAACUGACAAGGCAAAGCAGGAACAGAUACAGCAACGGCAGCAGGAGCUUAUGGAGCACAUUCAGAAGCAAAUUCAUCAGCGUCAGCAGGAGGAGCAGCUGCAGCACCAGUUGUUCCAGCAGCAGAUGGCAGCAGAGGAGGCUGAGCGAAGGGCUAUGUAUGCGGCCCAUUACCAGCAGCAGCAGCAGCUUGAGCAGCAAUACUACCAGCAGCAGCCAGACCCGUACCUCAUGCAUGCCGAAGGGUAUGCGCCUCCAGAGCAUUACCAGAUGCCCCCUGCAGAGUACCCCAUGGAGGAGGAUGAGGCCCCUCCAGGUGUGACGCCUCAAGCAGAUGAGGCAACCGCCCACCCAGUGGCUCAUGAUGUCUUCGCGGUCACUGCUCCUGUCGAGUAA